GUUUUGGCACCAUUAAUCCACUAAUUAAAGUCUGACAGUGUGUCCAGUUUAAAGGUCUGGCUCUAAUAGCUCAUGUCCUGCAGUGCAAGGCGCCACCAGCAGGGUACUGCACUGGUGCUGUUGUUGUCACUCCACAUUUUGGCAGCACUGGUGACGGAUCCGUGCGUAAACAAGCCUGCAGCCUGCAGCCAAUAUAUCGCAAAGCACAGUUGUGCGUAAGGGAAGUGAUUUCCUGCUCGACAUCCACCGGAGUGGAUCUGGACCUGCAGCCUGCAGAGCACAGCAGCACAGACUCAAGACCUGAACCAGAAGCUUCACUUCACUUAAUCCAAGCUGCCCACAAUGAUCCCCAAAAUUGCGCUCUGCUCCCGGUCUCUUCGGACUAACUGUGUUUUUUCCAGAGGUGUAAAAGUUUUGCAGAGACCAUGGACACCUCAGACAGGACUCCCUGCAACAAGCCGCGGCAUUCACGUGGACUCUCCACCCACGACUCCAACUCUAACUACCAGCUAUGCCCACGGCACGACCAACGCAUCGUUGGUCCAUACUACGGUCGGAGAGACCCUGCUGAGGACUGUGGAGCGCUGGCCUGACAGAGAGGCCAUGGCGUUUCUAGAAGGCGGCGUCCGCAAGACAUUUGCAGCGUUUCAGCAGGAUGUCGACCGAGCUGCAGCCGGGCUGCUUGCACUCGGGCUGACUAAAGGAGACCGACUUGGUAUGUGGGGACCGAACACUUACGAGUGGGUCCUGUUCCAGUUUGCCACAGCCAAAGCCGGCAUCAUACUGGUGUCUGUGAACCCGGCGUACCAGCUGCAGGAGGCUGAAUAUGCAUUGAGGAAGGUUGGAUGUAAGGCUAUAGUUUGUCUUACGCAGUUUAAGACUCAGAAAUACUGCGACAUGCUGAGACGGCUAUGUCCGGAGAUCGAGACGUCCAGCCCAGGAGACAUCAGGAGCGCCAGACUUCCAGACCUCCGCUCCGUGAUCGUUCUGGAUAGUCGACAACCAGGAAUGCUUCAUUUUGAUGACGUGAUGCAGGCGGGCGGAAGCCAGCACGUGCAGCAGCUUCAGGAUCUGCAGAAGAAAAUCUCCUUCGACGACCCCAUAAACAUCCAGUUCACCUCGGGCACAACUGGAGCUCCAAAGGGCGCCACCUUGUCUCACUUCAACAUCGUCAACAAUGCCUACACUGUUGGCAAAAGAGUGGGAUACACCUGGAGGCCUCACACUCGUAUCUGUCUGCCGGUGCCUCUGUAUCACUGCUUCGGCUCGGUGGGCGGUGGGAUAUGCAUGGCUGUCCACGGCGUCUCUCUGGUCUUUCCCACUGCUGGGUACGACGGACGGGCCAACAUCGCAGCUCUGGAGAGUGAGAGGUGCACCUUCAUCUACGGCACUCCCACCAUGUACGUCGACAUGAUCAACCAGCCGGACUUGGCUAAAUACGACUUCUCGUCAGUUGAGGCAGGCAUCAUGGCUGGCUCCCCUUGUCCUCCAGAGGUGGUGAAGCAGGUCAUCUCUUUAAUGGGCAUCAAGCAAAUAACAAUCGGAUACGGCACCACGGAGAACAGCCCCGUGACCUUCUGUGCCGGGCCGAUGGACAACAUGGACAGAAAGUCUGAGACGGUCGGCUACAUCAUGGACCACAUGGAGGCUAAAAUCGUGAACCCGACAACGGGAGAGGUGCUGCCUCUGGGGGAGCUGGGCGAGAUCAUGAUCAGAGGAUACUGUGUGAUGCAGGAAUACUGGAACGACCGAGCCAAAACAGAAGAGUGCAUCACUCAGAGUGGCUGGUACAAAACUGGAGACAUCGGCAGCUUGGACGCCUACAGCUACUUGCGAAUCGAAGGCAGGAUUAAGGACAUGAUCAUCAGAGGAGGAGAGAACAUUUACCCGGCUGAGAUCGAACAGUUCCUGCACACACACCCCAAAGUCAAGGAGGCACAGGUGGUCGGAGUUCAAGAUUCUCGUAUGGGUGAAGAAGUCUGCGCCUGCAUCAAACUGGCAGACGGAGAGGAGUGCACUCCAGAAGAAAUCAAGGCUUACUGCAAAGGCCAGAUCGCUCACUUCAAGAUUCCUCGUUACAUACUUUUCGUCACCAGCUACCCGCUCACUAUCACAGGAAAGAUCAAAAAGAACGAUCUACGUGACGAGGCUGAGAAGCAGCUGGGACUGAACAAGGGAAAAUAACAGUGCCGCCUCGUGUAUGAAGACAGUCCAAUAACUGUUCCACAAACACCAAUUGGGAUUUCCAUGCCCGGCCAUCAGAACAUCUUAAAACGUUUCGAGAAACAAUGACGGAUGUAGACGCGGGAUGGCUGGUCGUCCGUCCUGUAACUGUUAAAGGAAUCAUUCUUUAUUCCACUUACUGUCAACAAAUCCCAAACCAGACCAAACCAAAACCAACAAUAAAGUGUUGAUGAUACUCAAAAGUAUUGUCUGUGUAUAAACACUGUUCCACUGGGCGACAGUUUAUUUUAAUUCAGUACCACACACUCCGUCCUGCUUCUGGAAAUACUCGCUAGAGCAACAAAUGUGUGUUAAUCCGCAGCUGAAAAUAGUCCCAAACAGAUGCACCGUUUACUCCUCUCCUGAGGAACCACAGUGCCCAGAUGUUUGAGAGAGCUGCGCUUCUGUUUUAUAAUGAAAUUUUUAUAAAAGUUACCAGUUUUUAAAAGUCACUUCUCAGUUUUUAUUCCCUCGCUUCCUCUCCUCUAAUGUCCAAGCCUCCUUCUGCCUUGACUCCUAACAGAAGGAGACAUCCUCUGUCUAGAGCCGUCAUUUUUUUAAAGUGACGUUAAUUAAAAGACGUGUGGACAGCUGCAUCACCUGUCCAUCGUCACACCUGUGCAUCCUCUCUCCACAAGAUUUAGAAAUAAGAAGUUGGACAGUCUUAAACUUGUUGUUGAUUUUGGUCUUUUCAUUGGGUUUGUUGACAGCAUCCUACUCUCCAACAAUGUGAACUCAGAAGCUACAGACCGGUCUAUAUGUGAGUGAAUGUCUGAGCUGCUGCACUCAAACACUACUACAGAUCAGUGCAGAGCUUGCUGUGGAUGCUGAGCCUCUAAUUUCUCCACAGUUUUUUUUUUUACAUCAAUUUGAAAUAAACUUUGUACCACAUUAUUAAAACCAGGCG